CUGCUUUAAUCCGAAUUAGCCGGCUGCUGAGUGGGACCUGCUCGGAGCGGGGCCACGUUGAUGAAUUGCAGCCGCGGGGACCCAUCGUGGGGAGCAUCCGCCCAGUUUGCAAAUGCUGAGCACUAAAUGACAGACAUGUUUCAAUCUGGACUGCCGCCUCCUCCUAGGGGAUGGAAAAGGACUACAAUGGAGUCAGCUCAGAGGCCGGUGACUUUUAAAGAUGUAGCUGUAUAUUUCACGGAGGCACAGGGGGCUCUUCUGGACCCAGGCCAAAGGGCUCUGUACAAAGAGGUCAUGGUGGAAAACUAUGAGAACGUGGUCUCGUUGGGCUUUCCCAUCCCCAAGCCUAACCUCAUAUCUCGACUGGAACGAGGGGAAAAUCUGUGGGUGCCAGAGUCUCAGGUGUUGGAUGACAGCAACCAAUCAGGUGGCUUUCGGAAAAAGAACUCGUGCCGUAAAUGUGGAAAAUGUUUCGCUCACAAGUCGGAUCUAGCCAUACAUCGGGUAGUCCAUAUGGGCGAGAAACCCUUCAAAUGUUUAGAGUGUGGCAAGUAUUUUGUGCACCAUUCAGAGCUUGUGAAACACCACCGAGUCCACACAGGAGAAAAACCUUUUAAGUGCCUGGAGUGUGGUAAAUGUUUUUCUCGUCAGUCAGUCCUUGUAAAUCACCACAGAAUCCACACGGGAGAGAAACCCUAUAAAUGCUUGGAGUGCAUGAAAUGCUUCACCCAGAGAUCACAGCUGGUCAGACACCGAAGAGUUCAUACGGGAGAGAAACCUUACAAAUGCCUGGAGUGUGGGAAAUGUUUUGCUCGUCACUCUGUCCUUAUAAAUCACCAGAGAGUCCACACAGGGGAAAAACCAUAUAAAUGUUUGGAGUGUGCAAAAUGUUUUGCUCGUCAGUCAGUCCUUGUCAACCAUCAGAGAGUCCACACAGGCGAGAAACCCUAUAAAUGCUUGGAAUGUGGAAAACUAUUUGCUCACCAGUCCAACCUUGUGAAUCACCAGAGAGUUCACACAGGGGAGAAACCAUACAAAUGUCUAAAGUGCGGCAAGUGUUUUGCCCAGCAGUCUGACCUUGUGAAACACCGGCGGAUUCAUACAGGGGAGAGACCCUAUAAAUGCUUGGAGUGUGGGAAAUGCUUUGCUAUACAUUCAGACGUGGUGAAUCACCAGAGAGUUCACACGGGAGAGAAACCUCAUAAAUGCCAGGAGUGUGGGAAAUGUUUUGCUCAGCGUUCAGCUCUUGUGAGCCAUCAAAGAGUCCACACAGGAGAGAAACCCUACAGAUGUUUAGAGUGUGAUAAAUGUUUCGCUCAGCUAUCAAAUCUUGUAAAACAUCAGCGGGUCCACACAGGAGAAAAACCUUAUCAGUGCUUAGAGUGUAGAAAAUGCUUUGCUCGACACUCAUACCUUCGUGUACACCACAAAGUUCACUCUGGAGUGAAAUCCCAUGAACCCCACAAAUAUAGCAACAGCUUUAUUGAAAAAGGAAACUUAAUUCAGUAUCAGAUAGCAAACACAGGUGAAAUAAUUCAAGUGGUGAAAGACGGGGUGGGUUUGCUGGCUGGAGGGGGGCAGUUUGCAAGAGCCUGUGGGCUGCUGCAGCUGCGCAGUGUGGGAAUGAUAUCUGGGCUGGAAUCUGGAUUUCCCCCUUUUUUUUUCAGAAGAAUGGAAGGGGCCACUGUAGAUCUGGAUCAGAGGCUGGUGACUUUUGAAGAUGUGGCUGUGUAUUUCACUGCAAGACAGGGGGCUCUGCUGGACCCAGACCAAAUAGCCUUGUACAAGGAAGUUAUGAUGGAGAAUUUCGGGAACGUGGUGUCUUUGGGAUUUCCAAUCGUAAAGCCUGACCUCAUCUCCCAGAUGGAACAAGGAGAAGAGCCCUGGGUGCCUGAUGAAAAGGAAAUCUCUGACAACAACUCAGGUGACCUUACGGGAAAGGACUUGUGCCCUCAGUGUGGGGAAAGUUUUGUUGUCAUGUACCAGAGAACUCCUAUGGGGAAGAAAUCUUGUCGAUGCUUAGUGUGUGGAAAUGUUUUUGCUCACCAGCUGGACCUUGGGACCCAACAGGGAAUCCAUGUAGGUGAGAACACCUAUAAAUGUCUGGAAUGUGGAGACUGUUUUGAACAGCGUGCUGCCUUUGUGAGCCACUGGAGAGUCCACACAGGAGAGGAACCUUACGAAUGCCUGGAGUGUGGGAAAAGUUUUCCUCGACUUUUGGCCCUGGUCAAACAUUGUCGAGUCCACACAGCAGAGAGACCCUACGUGUGUUUGGAGUGUGGAAAGUGCUUUGUGCAACAGUCGUAUUUUCUCACCCACCAGAAAAUCCACACAAGGGAUAAAACUCACAAAUGCUUGCAGUGUGGAGAAUGUUUUCCUGACAACCCAGCCUUCGUGAGGCACCGACGAGUCCAUACAGGGAGGAAACCUUACAAAUGCUCAGAAUGUGGGAAAUGUUUUGCUGACAGAUCGCAUGUGGUGACUCACCUGAGAGUCCACAAAGGAUCGAACCCUUAUAAAUGCUCAGAGUGUGGGGAAUCUUUUGACCAACAUUCUGCCCUCGUUAGUCACUGGAUGUUCCAUACAGGAGAACAACCUUAUGAGUGUCUAGAGUGUGGGAAAUGUUUUCCUCGGCCCUCAGCUCUUGUGAAACACUGCAGAGUCCAUACAGCUGAGAAGCCUUUCACGUGCUUGGAAUGUGGGAAAUUUUUUGCCCAGCAGUCAGGUCUUGUAAAGCACCAACGAGUUCAUACAGGAGAGAAACCUUACUCAUGCUUGGUGUGUGGAAAAUGUUUUGCUGAUAGCUCCUCUCUGGCUAGACACAAAAGGGUUCACACAGGAGAGAAGCCAUAUAAAUGCUCAGAGUGCGGAAAGUGUUUUUCGGACAGAUCAAAUGUUUUGGCUCAUAUGCGAGUCCAUACAGGAGAGAAACCUUACAAGUGUUUAGAGUGUGGAAGAUGUUUUUCUCAUCGAUCGCACAUUGUGAAACAUCAGAAAUUCCAUAUGAAAGAGAAACUCUCAAAAUACCAGCAGCCCUUGGGAGUGGCCACAUCUGAAUUACUGCUCCAUCGGACUGUCAAAGAAGAAGUUCUCUAAACUCGAGGGAAAGGCAUUUGCAAUAAAUUAUUGGUCCUUUAUGCAGUAGAGAAGAUGAUGAUAAAGUCCAUGUAGGACUUUUAUAGUUCUGAAUUCAUAAUUCUAAAUUGCUCCCCUAUUGCUGAGAGUUUGUUCUGGUGACCAAGUGUUGUAACAAACCUGUCCAGAGUUCAUUGCACUUAAUUACCCAAUUUCUAUGCUCCAAAUUAGCAUUUUGAAGGACUUGAGGCAAUCACUUACCUGCAUCUCCUUCCUGUGUUUCCCAGUAAUACAGGAUAUGACAUUGUUGUGUCUGGUCUGUCUCUGCGCCCUACAAUUGUGAAGUAUUGAAAUGGAGGAGGAACUUGAUGGGUGGGAGGGGAGUGGAUAUUGAAAAUAGUGAUUGUAUAUACUCAGGUAGACUUCAUGCAGGGAAAUCUAAGGCGGUAAUUCCUUUCAGUAAGAGCAAUAAGUUCCCCAUCGUGUCCCUUGGAUCUUACCUUGCAAUUCAUAGGGGUGUGAGGGGAGGGAACACUGGAAGCAGUGGAAGAAAGAAGAGGAGUUUUGAUUUGUACCCCCUUUCUCUCCUGUAAGGAGACUCACAGGGGCUUACAAAUUCCUUUCCCAUCCUCUCCCCACAACAGAUAUCUUGUGAGGUAGGUGGGGCUGAGAGAGUUCUAAAUAAACUAUGACUAGCCCAAAGUCACCCAGCUGGAAUCUAGAAAUGGGGAAACAAAUCCGGUUCACCUGAUAAGACUUUGCUGCUCAGGUAGAGGUGUGGGGAACCUGGUUCUCCACAUUAGAGUCCAGCUGGUCUUAGCCACUACAUCACACUGGCUCUUCCAGCACCCGUGCCACCAGUGCUGGUCACAGUGGCACAGAGGCCGACCAGAAGGCAGCCACCACAGCAGCCCACGGUGGCCAGCAACUUCAGCAGCCCAGACCAUAUGUUUUGCGCUAUGGUGGCAGGCUUCUGCCGCAACAGCCUUUGCUGGUGUGGAGGGGGGUGUUCUGGAGGCGUUCCUGGGACUUCCAGAGGACUUUCGGCCUGGGAACGCCCCCUAUGCCAGCAGCCGAAUUACAUCACCAAAAAAGGUGGCGUAAAUUAGUGUUUCCUAUGGGAUUUUUCAGGUGGCUGGGUUUUUUCCCCCUUUUUACCCCCUUUCCUGUUUGGAUUGGGCUGUUAAUCUUCAACCUUGUCAAUGUACAGCUUUGUCCAUUGGGGAGAUGUUUAUGUUGUGGGCAGGGGAGAUUGGCACUCUAACAUACUGAACGCAGUGGGGGAGCUUUCUUUGGCAUGGGAAUGUGGAAGAUAUGUGCAUAUCUCACAGAUCUUCUCAGGGUAGUGUCAAGUCUUGAUUAUAUCAGUUGGUGUGCUAAUUAUCUAGACCAGAUGCAGGAGAGAUGAACUUCCUUCAUCUGUCAGUGGAUAAGCACAAACUUUGUCAAUGUUAAUUGUUUAAUUUUUUGUAAAUCUAAGUUUUUAAUUAGUCUGCCAAUAUGAGCACUUUACAGUGUCACCCCUAAGCAGUUAUACUUACCUAAGUUCCUUGACUUCAGUGCACAGAAGGGUGGAACUGCUUCAGACAGCAUUCGUAAGCAUUCCAGCACCUGAAAAAAGAGCGAAACUAUUCCCAUCAAGUUUAUAAAUUAGAGGUUGUCAAUCUUUAUGAGCCAGUAGGCACUCUUGCAGUUCUGACACAAGACACUGGAUGCAACCACAAAAGAACCUCCACAAGAGGUGCAGCCAACCGCAAAAUGGUAUGAAGUGUGCGCUCAUAGUUAACUCUACUAACAUUUCAGACAAACUCUGCUUAACCUUUCUCAAGAAACACAGUGUUUAAAAUAUUUUCUUGCAUAAACACAGCUUAUCUUCAGUCACACAUGGAAGCUGUGUGGUGGCUACUGCUGAUGCAACUUUUAAAAAAUCUUCACAGCCAGUUAGAUUUUCAGAGGCAAAUCAGAAGCUCCACAAAAGCCCUACGUGACCUGCACAUUUUAUAAAAACAUGAGGCAGGCGAAAAGGCAUCUCUGGACACCACACUGGGGAGCCAUGCUAGAAAUACUUUGCUCGCUCACCUGGAGGCGUUCCUUACUCAUAAUAGUAAGUGACUAUCUAUUUAGAAAGCCUGGUUUGAAUCAGUAUGGCUUAUCUCCCUGGAUUGUUGGUUUACUGAAUUUUCUGCCAUUUUUAAAAUAAUUUAGCUGUCUUGUAUAUUUGAUUCUGCAAAGUGUGUUUUGCUUUUAAGUUUUGCUUUGUGAAAAGUGGCACUUGAGCAAUCUCCUCUGCUGCCAUUUCUGCUUUAUUGCCUCUGUCUUUUGUGCAUUUGUUGCAAAUCAAAUGGCUCAAAGCUUUGGAUUUGUAUACCUUAUUGCUGCCUUUGUCAGCUUCCUUCUUGGUUAAAAUUAAAUACCGCUAUCAAUACUCAA